UAAUCGCGAAUUAGAACUAAACAAGUAACCAUUAUCUCAAUCAAUACCCAAUACAAUUCAACAUAAUCGUCCAUCGCACACCGGAAACAAACCAUUCUUUCCUUUCAUUCCUUUCUUCUCGAUGGCUUGAAUAACCCUACGUAAUACGUAAGUACGAACUAGGUUGGCCGCUAAUUCCCGCAUAGAGCAUCGCCAGCCAUUAGAUUUGAUUUGACUAAUCUAGCCCAUUUUGUAGUCGCGUAAGCAAGCACACGCUUAAGUGCCUUUGGUCUUUAAAACAACAAAUAAGCGGAGGUGGUCAGAGCGUAGAAAAUGUAUGGUGCAGUGGUUUCCGUUGUCGUGGUUUUUGUUAUCGUUUUGACAGAGUGUUACUAUUUCGAAGAUAAUACCAGGCCGAGGUAUUUGACAGCUGCAGUGGGUGAUUCGGUGGUGUUUAAUUGUGAGAUAGAUUUUCCGCAGAGUUUUCCGAUACCAUACAGGCUGUAUUGGAAGAGGAAGGGUAAAGUGAUAUACUCCUGGCAAGAUGGUCAAGUCACCGAAGCAGACGAGUAUGUGGGAAGAAUAGCUUUAGUUACGAAAAUCCCCCACCGAACGUAUGGAAUGGGUUCUAUUAACCUCACGUCUGUCAGGGAAUCAGACGCUGGAUGGUUCGAGUGCAGGACCCUCUUUCCUAACAGGACGCCAGCGUGGAGGAACAACGGGACGUGGUUCCACCUCACAGUCAGUGGUGGAAAUCUUCUAGCAAUUCCUCCUCUCAACAAGACUGUUUUGGAAGGCGAUGAAGUCGAAUUUACUUGCCUGACCAAAGACUUCGAGAUACGAGUCAAAUGGUUCAAAGAUGGGAUCUCUUUGUCGGAGUACCAUGAUUUAAUCAACAGGUCUUGGGUGACCAAAGACAACUCUCUAAUGAUCCGUCCCACAGAUUCUGGAGACACCGGCGAAUACGAAUGCGAGGCGUCCAACGCUGAACAAGAGAGGCAGACUGCUAGGGCGUACCUUAAUGUACAGUAUAAAGCCAAAGUAGUAUACGCCCCUCCAGAAAUUCACCUGCCAUAUGGACGCCCCGCCCUCCUCGACUGUCACUACAGAGCAAAUCCACCCCUCACCAACCUCAGAUGGGACAAGGAUGGAUUCCUCUUUGACCCCUACAAUAUCCAAGGCGUGUUUUACAGGAGAAAUGGCAGCCUAUAUAUUAGCAAAGUUGACGAAUCCCAUAACGGAAUCUACACUUGCACUCCUUACAAUGACUUAGGUUCUGCCGGAGCUUCUACCAAUAUGCACGUUAUAGUGCAGAAGCCGCCAAUUUUUGUCAAGACUCCACAUAAUUUGUAUUUACGGAAGCUCGGCGAGAGUGUAGAGAUGACUUGUGAUGCUACCGACGGUGAAGAUGGACAUAAGCCACUUAUUGUGUGGUAUAAGAAAGAUGGUACGUCUAUGCCAGUAGGUCGCUACUUUAUCAAAGAAGGAAAUUUAACCAUUGUGGAGAUCCAAACCCAAGACAGAGGAAUAUACCAAUGCUCUGCUACCAACAAGGCGGCUACCAUAUCGGUGGAAACGGAACUGCUUGUGGAGAAUGUCCCUUCUAGUGCUCCUUAUAACGUAACGGCUACAGCCUCUCCUAAUUCAGUACAUCUAAAUUGGCUUAUUAGCAGGCAUAGGACUAAUGUGGACUUCAGCGUUUGGUACAAGGACAGAGACAGUACCGAGUGGAAAACUUAUGCAGUACCUAGCACAAAAAGUAUGGAAGCAACCAUCACCAACUUGAAUCCAGGAACAGCUUACGAGAUGAUGGUCCUCUGCAAAGACGACAACGGUGACGGUUUUUUCAGCAAAUCCAUAUUAGUAUGGACGAAAGAUUUAGAAAUUGAGCCAGAAACGAGUCUAAAAUCUAAGUACCCUCCAGUGGGAUUCCCCAGGAAUGUAACAGUUCAUCCGACUGAUGAUGGUCUGUUAGUUGAAUGGCUGAAACCUGAAUAUGGUCUUGAAUUUCUUAAAUGGUAUAUAGUGAGAUGGACUAAAAACAAUGAUGAGUACUUCUUUGGAUCUGCUGAUACUACCAACACAUCAUAUUUGAUAACGAGCCUCGCAGAGGGUACCGAAUACGACAUCCAGGUAGUCGCCCUAUCCAUCGACGACCAACAAUCAGUGAGCGGCAAGGUGAAAGGUACAUUUCCAGGAUUUAAGAGCCUACGAGCAGUAGCCACUGGAAUCAUUGCAGGCUUAGCGUUUCUGGCAGUAGCCUUCGUCGCUGUGUUCUACAUCAAGAAGAAGUGGUUCAGGGCGUAUCCACAAACAUCCGUUAAAACUUAAUCCAUAGACGAUUGGAGUAGCUUUUUUAAAAUUAGGAUAUAUUGUUGAAAAUUGUUUGCCACCGAAAAUAGUUCGAAGAAUUUAAUGACGUAUAAAUAAUAGGUAAAGUAGAUACAAGGUAAUUGUUCAACGAAUCAACAUCCGGCUCGAAUGACCAAAUGUUGAAUCUUUGAACAUGUAGGAGGCAUGUAGUAUUUUGCUUUCCCAAACAGUAUUGAAACACUAUUUAUUGUGUUCUUGCAUUUAUGCUUAUUUUUUAUAUUAUAUAUGGAUACAUUUGCUUCAUUUUGUCACUUUAUAGGACUAUCACAGCAUUUAUCAUUUAAUAAAAUGUAUAAAAUGCUUCUGUUAAUUUAAAAUCAUUACAAAAUCGAUUUUGUAUCACAUAUCACUGUGUUGUUAAAAAGUUUUUUAGAGUUUGAAACUUUAGCAUUUGAUUUUGAGGUAUAAUUAAGAUUAAUGACUUAUGUCUUCCUAUCUCUUCAUUUAAAUCCCGUCUAUUCUCGGUUGGGAUUUCGUAGUAAAGAUUCAUACUUUAAUGACUUAAUAGCUUAACGCUUAUAACAUGGAAAGGAUCUCAUGGUUUUUGUGUGUGACUGCGUGCUCUCCAAUUAUGGUUAUGGACUCUCCUAUCAUAUAAACGAGGUCCAUAAGGACCUGACCUUUGGCCGCCUGAGUCUACAGUAGCCGGUAAGCAUACUGACCACCCGGGAGCAUCUUCUACGGUCUCUAAGAAGAAGUUGGGUUUUAAGACUUUCGGAUGGCCCCACCAUGUGGAACCUAGCAUCACUCAUUCCGCUACAACUGGCCCAGGAGUCCUGGAUCCUUCGCAAAAGAAGCUCCUUAAGACUAUUCCGACCAGCACUGAAGGGCUACCCAAUCACAGGUUCGGGUCUCACAGGCAGAGCGGAUGAGCCCCGUAUUGCCAGGUCAUCAGCUCGUCCGUUCCAUUUCACACCUGUGUGUCCCGGUACCCAUACCAAGUUAAACUAUUGGUCAGCGCAACCUCAGCCAGUGCUCUCUUGCAUCCAAGAACUAGCCUAGAGUUGACUCUGGGCGCUUCCAAAGCUUGACUCUCACAGCAGAUAUACAGUGAUGAGCGCGCUAAUAACCGGCAAAAUAUCGCAAAAGAUGGAAAACAUAAUACAUUGCGAAACAAAACGAGAUGAAACUAGUGGAGGUAGAAAUGAUCGUUAUAAACGUAUAAAUUAACAUUACAUAAUUUCCCACCUUUAGACGUAACAGAGGAGUAUGACAACUGUCACUAUGACAAUAGAAUUUUAUGAAAUACUCCUGUCACAGACGUCUAAAGGUGGGAUACUAUGUAUUGUAAUGUUAAUUUAUACGUUUAUAACGAUCAUUUCUACCUCCACUAGUUUCAUCUCUUUUUGUUUCGCAAUGUACUAUGUUUUCCAUCUUUUGCGUUAUUUUUCCGGUUAUUAGCACGCUCAUCACUGUAUAUGUUCCUGCAAGCCCUAUCUAUUAUCUCCUGAGGGCAUAUCAGGAUCGCAAUGAUUUCGACCUGAAAGACUGAUGCAUGAGAGACGAGAGCAUGUUUAGACUCAAAUCCGACUUCACCACCAUAUACUUUAGCACAUGCGUUCGUCCAUUCUGGACCCAUCUGUGAACCCGUUGGUGCUCUCCAAUUAGUUUUUCAUGAAAUUCUUUACGCAGUUAUGUCUGUAUCUAAAUCUUAAACAAUAAAUUUCCCAAUGGGAGGGGGGUUAUAACCCCAAAACCACCCUGGUUACGCCACUGUCUCUGUAAACCAUAUUGUCGAAUUUUGUGAAAUUAUUAUUACAAAAACAAAUAAUUACUCAAUAGUUUUCACUGCCAGCCCAAAAUGUUACCAUUAUAAUGUAGAGCUAACGAAAAAAUCCUAAUUAGAAUAGUCUGUGCAUUUAAAAUGACGUGGAUUGGAAUUUUAGUCAUUUUUAAAAAAUAGUAUAACUUUUGGUUUAAAAUUUUUGAAAAUCCUUUGGACCUAAAGGUCGUGAGUUCGUGAGUUCGAAUCUCACCUGACUGGUGAGUAACAGUCUCUAGUUAAAAUUUUUCUCGGUAGCUGAAAACUCUUAAACUAUAGUCGAACAAUUUUUGGUGUGUCUAAUACACUGUUGUACAUAAAAUGCUUGUUAAAAUAAAACGUGUGUAUGUAUAAAGAUCUAAUCAUGAGAUAUUAUUUGUUGCUUUGUUAAGAAAAAUGUACUAAAUGAGGAACUGAUAGCAAUGUUGAAAUUAUUAGACCAUCGUGUACAAAAUUAUUAGCUUAAAAUAAUUUUUAAUAUAUUAUUUUUGAUAAA